AAAAAAGAAAAGAGAGAGAGAGAGAGAAAGAAAUAUCCGGUUUUGAAGGGCGGAUUGGUGGUGCUAUUUGAAUCAUCGCUUUUUCAUUGAUCAAAAAACCCUCUCCUUCCCCAAACCCAAACCCUUGGCGGCUGACCCCCCAAGUUCCCCCGCGCCUUCCUUUCUCCCCUCUUUCUAUCCCCUAGGGUUUUUCUCUCUCCUCCAGAACUCCCGCGCCUUAUCCCCCUCUUUAACGUUUUAGGGAACAGGAGUACUCCCCUCCCUUGCUUAUCUCCUCCGAAGGUCGGAUCAUGGCAGCUGCUGCCCCACCUGCAGAUCAAGCUGCGGAUUUACUGCAGAAAUUGUCAUUAGAUUCUCAGCCCAAGACUCUUGAAGUUCCUGAGGCCACCAAGAAGGCUUCUGCUAUACCAUUUGGAUCAGUUGAUGCUGCUGAUGUGCCAAAUGGUCAAAUUCCAUUAGAGAGGUCUAUAACUCCUCUACUUCAGGACUUCGUGGAUCCAACAAUGUGCUAUCUUCCUAAUGGAUAUCCAUCUACUGCAUAUUAUUAUGGGGGUUAUGAUGGACCUAUUAACGAGUGGGAUGACUACUCUAGAUAUGUAAAUCCAGAUGGAGUGGAGAUGUCCCCUGGAGUUUAUGGGGAAAAUGGAUCACUCAUGUAUCACCAUGGUUAUGGAUAUGCACCUUAUGGACCAUACUCCCCAGCAGGUUCUCCGGUGCCUACAAUGGGACAUGAUGGUCAGCUGUAUGGACCCCAACACUACCAGUAUCCUGCCCCUUAUUAUCAGCCACCAACCCCCCCUAGUGGGCCUUACACUCCUAACCAGCCCACUGUUCCUCAAGGGGAUGUUUCCACGUCUGUUGCUUCUGAGCAGGUGCCUUUGCCAGUAGAAACAGCCAAAGGAAAUAGUAAUGGAAUUGUGAAUGGGAAUGUAGAUGGAAAUAAUACAUCUGGGCCAUUAAGACCCAGCUACCAAAAUUCGUCUUUGAAUUCCAAUGGGUCAUAUUUGAGAGGUGUCUUGCCAGGUGGCAUCCCUGCUUCUGGUUAUCAGGACCCUAGAUUUUGUUUCGAUGGUAUGCGAUCAGCUGCUCCAUGGUUGGAUAGCCCAAUUUUUUCGGAUGGGCAACCUAGACCUGUUACAAGCAGUUCUGUUUCUUCAACUGUAUCGCAUAUCAGUAAUGGUCCUUCUGGGAGGAAUUCGAAUCUUCGCCCUGUUCCUCAUCUUAUGGGUUUGCACCACCCGAGACCCACGUCUGGCAUGAACCCUGCUCCUGGAUUCAUGAAUAGGAUGUACCCAAACAACAGGAUGUAUGGAAGUAAUACUGUUAGAGGUGGUCCAGGUUUUGGAUCAAAUGGUUAUGACUCCAGGGCAAAUGGGCGUGGGUGGUUGGCUGUUGAUAGCAAAUACAAAAACAGAGGGCGUGGAAAUGGUUUCUUUGGCUAUGGAAAUGAGAACAUGGAUGGUUUGAAUGAAUUGAACAGGGGCCCAAGAGCCAAAAGCUUUAAGAAUCAGAAAGGGUUCGUACCUAUCACAUUAGCAGUUAAGGGACAAAACCUCCCAUCAAAUGUGACUGAUAUUGAGAAGGACAAGGAAAAUUCUAGUUUGAUUGCAGAUGGCGAACAGUACAAUCGGGCACACUUCCCGGAGAAGCAUUCAAAUGCAAAGUUCUUUAUUAUUAAAUCAUAUAGCGAGGAUGAUGUACACAAGAGCAUAAAGUAUGGUGUGUGGGCUAGCACACCCAAUGGCAACAAGAAGUUGGAUGCUGGCUACCAGGAGGCACAGGAGAAGUCUGGUGGCUGUCCGUUAUUCUUGUUCUUCUCGGUCAAUACCAGUGGACAGUUCGUUGGACUUGCAGAGAUGGUAGGUCCAGUUGAUUUCAACAAGAAUGUGGAGCACUGGCAACAAGACAAGUGGAAUGGUUGUUUCCCUGUGAAGUGGCAUAUUGUAAAGGAUGUACCCAACGGAUUGUUGAAGCACAUCACCCUCGAAAACAAUGAGAACAAGCCUGUCACUAACAGUAGGGACACUCAGGAGGUCAAGUUCGAGCAGGGGCUUCAAAUGCUCAAGAUAUUCAAGGAUCAUUCUAGCAAGACUUGCAUCCUGGAUGAUUUUGGGUUCUAUGAGGCUCGGCAAAAGACAAUGCAGGAAAAAAGGGCUAAGCAACAGCAGUUUCAGAAACAGGUUUGGGAUGGGAAGUCCACUCAUAUUUCUCUCUGUGAUGAAAAAGAUAAAGAAAUGGCUAAUGGAAAACCUAGACUACAAAAAUCUUUGGAGGUGGUCUCAGCUAUGCCUAAGGAGCCGGUGGUGGGCGCUGCUUCAGCAGUUAUUCAGUCAAAUGGUGAACACAAGAUAUCUGAAGAGAAUGAGUCAGUUGCCGGAGCUGGAGAUGCCCCAAAGGGUGCUAAACCAGCUGUGACAGAGAAAAGGGUUGUAGCUAAUGGGGUGGCAAAUGGAUGCUAGUUAUCCAUGGAAUUAAUUCUCUCACCAAAGUGGUAUGUAGUUUGUGGGGUUGCUUACGAGAGUGGGUAAGAAGUUUUGCUGACCUAGAUUUAGCAUUCAGAAGCAAACACUGCCCCGACAUCCCAAGAUUAGGGUCUCCAAGUUGAUCUGGCCUACUAGAAGACAAUAAAAUGUAGAUGAGAGAUGGAAAUGCCUCCUUAGAUUUUUCCUAGUUAUAGGGAGGCAGGUUCAAUAUCAUCUCAGGAUCUCUGAAUAUUUGAGUCUUUCUUCUCUGCCAUUUUGUUUUUUACCGUUAUGACCUCUUCCUGUGGCUUUAGGAUUUGAUGGGUUUGGUUUUAUAGGUGGUGGGUAGCUCUCCUAACAGUAUUUCUCUCGGGGUUUUGGUAUUUUUACUUUUGCCCUUUUCUUUUUUCUUUUUUAAAUGUUCUUUCCCUCAAUUUACCCUUUUUCUUUGGUUUUUCAUCAUGUAAAUCUGCUUUGUAUCUGUAGAAGGACCAGUUAUCAGGUGGCAUAGUUCAAUAGAGUUGGAAGAGCAUGAAGAGUUUAUGUUUUUACUUUUUUCGUUCAACAAAGACUAGUUAGUUCAACGUUCUUUGGUUUUUUGGCUAA